CGGUCAUAAGCGGCUCUAUCUAUAUGCAGAGCGCACUGCGUCUGGAAGUCUACCUCUGAACUUGAGAAGAGAAAAACGAAAGCAGACUAGAAAACUAGCAGAACGUUCGAUUCGUGCCGGAUCAUCAAUUGCACUCGGAUAGUAGUGCUGCUGUGGGUGCGAGACAAAGCUCCGCGGUGUCAACUUAGGAGUAGCGUCCUACGCUUAGCAGUGGCAGGACUUUAGCGUUUUGGCUGUGGAAAAAUACCCCAUCUAAAGAGAACUUUUUUAUACACCGAACCCACGUUUCGUUAGGAAGAUAAAUCUGCCAUCCGUCGGUACAGUGCACGAUAGAGAGAAAUUCGAUCCGGCUGGAUAAUUGCAACCAGAAUAACCAAAAUAUCAAUGCAAAGCACGAUACAAAUAUAAACGCAGCGGAGAUUAACAUCUGGCUAUGGGAGUAACUAUAACUUCAACUUCGUACGAAACCUUUCGAAAUCAAGAUAGCAAAGAGAAAUAACUACGCGGCUUGAUAGUUACCGAAGGAUAGUCGAUGCGCGGUGUGUAGUGCAAAUUGGUCUUAUGAAGAUGAGAAGCUACCCGUCAAUCGGCGAGUGAAGUGACUCUGUGGUAGACUCUCACAGAUAAACAAAAUGGUUACCCCUGCCGAGGCCAAAGUUCUUGUCGUGGGGGCUGGUGGCAUUGGCUGCGAACUCUUAAAGAAUCUUGUUCUAACUGGAUUUCGGGACAUCCAUGUGAUUGAUCUCGAUACGAUCGAUUUCAGCAACUUAAAUCGUCAGUUUCUAUUUCGAAAGGAACAUGUCGGCAAGUCAAAGGCUCUUGUAGCUAAGGAAAGCGUGUUAGCAUUGUGUCCGGAGGCAAAUAUCACAGCCCUGCAUGACACCGUUAUCAAGCAGGAAUAUGGUAGAGAUUUCUUCCGUCGGUUUCACAUCGUACUCAAUGCGCUUGAUAAUCGGCAGGCUCGUAACCAUGUGAAUCGCCUUUGUUUGGCAGCCGAUGUUCCGCUCGUUGAAAGUGGUACACAGGGCUACCUCGGACAGGUCGAACCUAUUUUGAAAGGUGUCUCUGAAUGCUACGAAUGCAAGCCAAAAGCUGCACAGCGGACGUUUGCUGGCUGCACUAUCCGAAAUACUCCAUCGGAACCGAUCCACUGUAUUGUCUGGGCUAAACAUUUGUUCAAUCAGUUGUUCGGGUUACAAGACGCCGAUGAAGAGGUAUCACCCGACAUGAUGGAUCCAGAAUUAGGAGGGACACUUGAUGAAAUCAAUCUAAUGAAGAGUGACACAGGGUUCGGCAACGUUGAACGAGUAUCUACACGGCAAUGGGCUGCGGAACGCGGUUAUGAACCGGCUAGCCUGUUUGAUAAGCUUUUCCAUGAUGACAUUGUUUAUUUAAGAAACAUGGCCAACUUGUGGAAGAAACGAAGAGAACCCGAGGCUUGUAAAUUUCCAAAGGAAGCCCUAGAGAGUUGGACAAUGCCAAGUGGCAUGCGUGACCAGAGGGUUUGGUCCGAAGAAGAGUGUGCUGCUAAUUUUAGGGACAGUGUAACUCAACUUAAAGAAAGACUUGCAGCAUUGCCCGAUGGAGACUACUUAACGUGGGAUAAGGAUGAUGACGUUGCUCUGGACUUCGUCACGGCUUGCGCUAACGUCCGAAUGCGCUGUUUUGGUAUGGAGGCUAAAAGCCAGUUCGAGGUGAAGUCUAUGGCUGGAAACAUCAUACCCGCUAUUGCAACAACAAACGCUGUUAUCGCCGGCUUCAUUGUGCUGCAAGCGCUUAAAAUUUUGAGGGGGAAGAAGAUGGACUGUCGCGCAGUUUUUCUGAACCGAAGUGCAAACCCUGUUUCCCGUGUGGUCAUCCAGCCAGCUGUCAUGGAUCCGCCUAAUCCGAAAUGUUACGUGUGUGCCGAUAAAAACGAGGUUUAUGUGAUCACCAACACGAAAACAUCAACAAUAAAAGCUUUUCGAGACAACCUCCUUAAGGACAUGCUUAAUAUGGCUGCUCCUGACGUGGCCAACGAACUUACGGGCGCGAUUGUUGUUUCGUCAGAAGAUGGCGAGACCGACGAUAUUGAAGAUAAAGUUAUGGCCGAUUUAGGAAUGGGCCACGACGCGCGACUUCUGUGCGAUGAUUUUCUCCAGAAUUUCCAGCUGGUGGUCAACGUUGUGCAUUCGGAAGAAAAACUCAGCGACGAUGCAGAGUUUGAGGUAAAGGGCGAGCUGCCAAAACCCAAAGAGGAAAAUAUGCAGAAAAAUGAAAAUGGCGCUGCAAACGACAAUGAACCAAGUGCUUCAUCACAUAACGGUGGCAGUGGAGAUGAUGCCACUGUAAUCAACGAUGAUGAUGAUCUCAUUGUGCUCGAUGACACCGAGGAGCUCAGUACGGUAGCAAAGGAAGGCGAACCUGCAUCAAAGAAGGCUCGAUUAAGUUGAAUCGCGUCAGUACUCGGCGGUAUUUUUUCUUAACAUUGGUUUUAAAUGGCUCCAGCAACAACAAUUCUUCUCGCAACUGUGGUAGACCGUGAAUGCGUCUAAGGGCAUUCAGUUUACGCACCAAAUGCGCGCCUAGUAGACUUGAUAAGUUCCAAAGUCCAUUGAAAUGGAGCAAUAAAGAUUAGAGGCUGCUUAGCCCUAACUCAAAACCUUUCAGAUCGUUGCGGACCGCCGUUUUAUUUAUACUUACUGAUUUAUCUAUAAUAAUGAUGGAAACUAUAACGGUUAUUAUUUAGGGGAAAUGCCAUUUACGCGUAUAUACAUGUACAAAAUAAAACAGAAGACAAUUGUAUUUUAUGUUACCCAUUCGUCCUUUUUUUGGAGCGUUACUGGUGGAUGCUCAUGGACAUAAUGUAUAAGAGUUGUGUUGUUUAAGGUUAGAAUACUCUGGACAAAAAUAUUGCUUUACCCGUAAAUAUUGGUCCUCAUGCAUAAGUGUUAUUAGACAUGGAAUUUCAUAGCUUUUGUGUCCAUAUUUACUAAUUUAUGUAACUAGUACUAGCAGAGAAUUCUUGAAGUAGGAUUUAUACUUGUUUCAUAUUAGUUUAGGUUUUACGAUAUAUUAUUAUACUCAUGGUUUCAUCGUAUUCUAUAAUCAAUAUUAUGUAAUGUUCAUAAUCAUCCUUCUUUUUUAUAUAUAAAAACGUUAUAAACGAAAAUGCGCAAACAGUAAUUGGUUCUUUGAACGCACACUUUAUGUAAAUCUUGGGGCAUGGCAUGAAAUAGUUUAAUUCGCGAUUUUAUUUGGCAACUUGGAGAAACCAGGACUACUAUCAAAGUAAACAAUAAUAACCUAUUCUAUGUUAUUGUUCUAGGAACGGUAAUUGUGUUUUUAGGAGUAUAUAGAAUUAUAUUAGCUGCGCACUUAGCAGCUGUGUCGUUGGCAUAAAUGACAAAUCGAACUAUUUUUUCUCUGUACAUUUUUCAAUUCGGACCUCUUGAAAGUCUAUGAAGUUACGAGCAUUUGCAAGUAUACUUAAAGUACUAGUCUAGAGUUUUGUCUCACGUUCAAUUGGCCUCGGGAAAAUUUUUCUUAUAAAAACAUUUGAUGUAGAGAAAUAUCGAUAGUAUUGAAACAACUGUACACAGUGUAUUUUUUAGCUAGUCAGUUAGUGUUUCGAGUUUCGCGUACGGUAUUAU